AAGAAGAAGAAGAAGAAGAAGAAAGAGGGGAUACAGGAGAAGGAAGAAAGGAAAAUAAAUUGAUGUGAAGUCAAAAUUCCCCUCACACUUCGUACUUAAACUCACCCCCCAGCUACUUACCAGCAACAGAAGUAGCAGAAACGGCUCCAGAUUCCCCAAUUCUUGGAAAAGGGCUCCUUAAUGGAGAUGGAGCUGCUGCUGCUUGCUGCACACACACGGACUGGAGUCCCAAAGUCCCGGGAGUCAGAGAGCAGCGCUGCACUGAAACAGAAUGGUACAGCGAGUCCGCAAGGAGCAGAAGCCAGAGCCAGAGUCGAAGGAGCAAUCCCAGCAGCAGCCUCCGCCUCCAGCAGCAGCACCAGCAAGAGCAGGAGCAGCAAUUCCCCAACAGCACUGAGAAGAGCAAAGGAAGCUCGGAUUCUGCUGUGGCUUUUUGCUUUCUUCCCGGAGAAGCAACUCAAGAAAAGGAGCCGAGGAAGAAAGUCCCGGUGGUGGGAUCUCUGGGGGUUUCCUCUCAUUUUCCCAAGUAAAAGGGUCUGGAAAAGGAGGCAAACAAGGAGUGGACGAAGUGGUGGUGGGGAUUGUUUGGUGGUGGUGAAGGAGACACCGGGGGGGAGGGGGGGCAAGCAGGAAAGAGAGAGGCUCGCCCCCCGUGCGCGCACACACACAUACGGAUCCCUCUCACCCUCUUCACGAACUGGAUGUGGGAAGCGGCCGCAGAAGAGACCUCCGGAUCACCACGAAAUGUUGCAAUGGAAGGCACAGGUCCUGACUCUUCUCCAACGGCAGCAGCGGCAGCAGCAGCAGCAGCCCCCGCGGUAUGAGGAGGUCUGUCAGCAGCAGCAGCAACCACAGCAAAAGCCGGAGCCACCCGCAGAAAGAAGCGUUCUCCGGAUCCUACUCCCCGGCAUCACCAGCCAGCUCCAGCAGCGCGCCGUGGUGGUGGUGGUGGGGGAACCGAGACAAGCCAGCCCGCCUGAUGCGGGAACAGCAGGGGCAGCUCAGUCACCGCGGCGGCGGCGGCGGCGGCAACAUGGCCUCAGCUGUUAACAUUGCGGAGCCUGAGAGCGGCGGCGGCGGCAGCGGAGGCUGCAGCAGAGACCCUGAUCUGCCUGGGGGAAACGGCAGCCGGAGGCGGAGAAGGACGGGAGGGAGCCGACGCACCGGGGCACCAGACCUGGAGUAUCUGCAGCGGCCGAGCUACUGCGAUGCGGCUUUCGCGUUGGAGCAGAUUUCUAAGGGGAAGGCUACCGGCAGGAAAGCGCCGCUGUGGCUGAGAGCGAAGUUUCAGAGACUAUUAUUUAAACUGGGUUGUUACAUUCAAAAAAACUGCGGCAAGUUUUUGGUUGUGGGCCUCCUUAUAUUUGGGGCUUUCGCUGUAGGAUUAAAGGCAGCUAAUCUUGAAACCAACGUGGAAGAGCUUUGGGUAGAAGUUGGUGGACGAGUAAGCCGGGAGUUAAAUUAUACACGUCAGAAGAUUGGAGAAGAGGCUAUGUUUAAUCCUCAGCUCAUGAUCCAGACACCACAAGAAGAUGGUGCCAAUGUUCUUACAGUAGAGGCACUCAAACAGCACCUUGACUCUGCACUACAGGCCAGCAGGGUACAUGUAUAUAUGUAUAACAGACAGUGGAAAUUGGAACACUUAUGUUACAAAUCAGGAGAGCUUAUCACAGAAACAGGUUAUAUGGAUCAGAUAAUAGAAUACCUUUAUCCUUGUUUAAUCAUCACACCUUUGGACUGCUUUUGGGAAGGGGCAAAGUUACAAUCAGGGACAGCAUAUCUAUUAGGUAAACCUCCUUUGCAGUGGACAAACUUUGACCCCUUGGAAUUCCUGGAAGAGUUAAAGAAAAUAAACUAUCAAGUGGACAGCUGGGAGGAAAUGCUGAAUAAAGCAGAGGUUGGUCAUGGUUAUAUGGAUCGACCCUGCCUCAAUCCUGCUGAUCCUGACUGCCCACUCACAGCCCCUAACAAAAAUUCAACCAGACCUCUUGAUGUGGCCCUUGUUUUGAAUGGUGGAUGUCAUGGAUUAUCCAAAAAGUACAUGCACUGGCAGGAGGAGUUGAUUGUGGGUGGUACAGUCAAGAACAGCACUGGAAAACUCGUCAGUGCUCAGGCUUUACAGACUAUGUUUCAACUAAUGACUCCCAAGCAAAUGUAUGAACACUUCAAGGGCUAUGAAUAUGUUUCACAUAUAAACUGGAAUGAAGACAAGGCAGCAGCAAUUCUGGAGGCCUGGCAGAGAAUGUAUGUUGAGGUGGUUCAUCAGAGUGUUGCACAAAACUCUACCCAGAAGGUGCUUUCUUUUACUACAACUACUCUGGAUGACAUCCUGAAAUCCUUUUCAGAUGUCAGUGUUAUCCGAGUUGCUAGUGGCUACUUAUUAAUGCUCGCCUAUGCCUGUUUAACUAUGCUUCGGUGGGACUGUGCCAAAUCCCAAGGUGCUGUGGGACUGGCUGGCGUCCUGUUGGUUGCACUGUCGGUAGCUGCAGGAUUGGGCCUGUGCUCAUUGAUUGGAAUUUCCUUUAAUGCUGCAACAACUCAGGUUUUGCCUUUUCUUGCUCUUGGAGUCGGUGUGGAUGAUGUUUUCCUUUUGGCACAUGCAUUCAGUGAAACGGGGCAAAAUAAAAGAAUCCCUUUUGAGGACAGGACAGGGGAAUGUUUGAAGCGAACUGGAGCCAGUGUGGCCCUCACUUCAAUCAGCAAUGUCACAGCCUUCUUUAUGGCAGCUUUAAUCCCUAUUCCUGCUCUUCGGGCAUUUUCACUCCAGGCUGCUAUUGUUGUGGUAUUUAAUUUUGCCAUGGUUCUGCUCAUUUUCCCUGCUAUUCUAAGCAUGGACCUAUAUAGACGGGAGGACAGGAGGUUGGAUAUCUUCUGUUGUUUUACAAGUCCUUGUGUCAGCAGAGUCAUUCAGGUUGAACCUCAAGCCUACACAGAUUCCAAUGACAACACUCGUUACAGCCCUCCACCGCCAUACAGCAGUCACAGCUUUGCUCAUGAAACUCAGAUCACCAUGCAAUCAACAGUUCAGUUGCGCACUGAAUAUGACCCUCAUACCCAGGUGUAUUAUACCACCGCAGAACCUCGCUCAGAGAUCUCUGUACAGCCUGUCACCAUGACACAGGAUAACCUCAGCUGCCAUAGUCCAGAAAGUACAAGCUCAACAAGAGAUUUGCUCUCUCAGUUCUCAGACUCAAAUCUUCAUUGCCUGGAGCCACCUUGUACUAAAUGGACCCUUUCAUCUUUUGCUGAGAAACAUUAUGCGCCAUUCCUCUUGAAACCAAAAGCCAAGGUUGUGGUUAUCUUCCUUUUUCUGGGUUUGUUAGGAGUCAGCCUGUAUGGAACCACUCGAGUGAGAGAUGGGCUGGAUCUGACUGAUAUUGUGCCACGAGAAACCCGAGAAUAUGACUUUAUCGCAGCUCAGUUCAAAUAUUUCUCUUUCUACAACAUGUAUAUAGUUACCCAGAAAGCAGACUACCCAAAUAUCCAGCACUUACUUUACGACCUUCACAAAAGUUUCAGCAGUGUGAAGUAUGUCAUGUUGGAAGAAAACAAACAGCUCCCUAAAAUGUGGUUACACUACUUUCGAGAUUGGCUUCAAGGGUUACAGGAUGCAUUUGACAAUGAUUGGGAAACUGGGAAGAUCAUGCAGAAUAAUUAUAAAAAUGGAUCAGAUGAUGGAGUCCUAGCUUACAAACUCUUGGUGCAAACUGGCAGCAGAGAUAAGCCUAUUGACAUCAGCCAGUUGACUAAACAGCGUCUGGUGGAUGCAGAUGGUAUCAUUAACCCAAAUGCUUUCUAUAUCUACCUGACGGCUUGGGUCAGUAAUGACCCAGUUGCAUAUGCUGCCUCUCAGGCCAACAUUCGACCUCACCGUCCUGAAUGGGUCCAUGACAAAGCAGACUACAUGCCAGACACAAGGCUGAGAAUCCCACCAGCAGAGCCCAUCGAAUAUGCUCAGUUUCCUUUCUACCUCAAUGGGUUACGUGAUACUUCAGACUUCGUAGAAGCUAUUGAGAAAGUGAGAACAAUUUGCAAUAAUUACACAAGCCUCGGAGUCUCCAGCUACCCAAAUGGAUACCCAUUUCUUUUCUGGGAGCAGUACAUAGGUCUUCGGCACUGGCUUCUCUUGUCCAUUAGUGUGGUCUUGGCUUGCACGUUUCUGGUGUGCGCAGUCUUCCUUCUGAACCCCUGGACGGCAGGGAUCAUUGUGAUGGUCCUGGCACUAAUGACAGUGGAGCUUUUUGGCAUGAUGGGUCUUAUUGGAAUCAAACUGAGUGCUGUACCUGUAGUCAUCUUGAUUGCUUCUGUCGGCAUAGGAGUGGAAUUUACUGUUCAUGUUGCCUUGGCUUUCCUGACUGCCAUUGGAGAUAAGAAUCGCAGGGCUGUACUUGCAUUGGAGCAUAUGUUUGCCCCAGUUCUAGAUGGAGCUGUGUCCACUCUCCUAGGGGUACUGAUGCUCGCAGGAUCUGAGUUCGAUUUCAUUGUCAGGUAUUUCUUUGCAGUUCUGGCAAUCUUAACUAUCCUGGGUGUUCUGAAUGGAUUGGUAUUACUUCCGGUACUUUUGUCAUUCUUUGGACCCUAUCCUGAGGUUUCUCCAGCUAAUGGGUUAAACCGACUACCCACUCCCUCCCCUGAGCCACCUCCCAGCAUGGUCAGAUUUGCAGUACCCCCAAGACACAUGAACAAUGGAUCUGAUUCCUCUGACUCAGAAUAUAGUUCUCAGACAACAGUGUCAGGCAUCAGUGAAGAGCUUUAUCAAUAUGAGAACCAACAGAGUUCAUGUGCCCCACCUCAUCAAGUAAUAGUGGAAGCCACAGAAAACCCAGUCUUUGCCAGAUCCACUGUGGUUCAACCAGAGCCAAGACAUCAUCAUCCAUCAAGCCCAAGACAAAAGCUCCACCUGGAUGCUGGACCCCAGCAAUCUGGGCAUCAAGGCCAACAGCCACAGCGGGACUCCAGGGAAGGACUGCGACCGCCCCCUUAUCGGCCACGAAGGAACGCUUUUGAAAUUUCUACUGAAGGGCAUUCUGGACCUAGCAAUAGGGACCGAACGGGCCACCGAGGAGCCCGUUUUCAUAACCCUCGGAACCCAGCAUUCACUGCCAUGGGCACUUCUGUGCCAGGAUAUUGCCAACCUAUCACUACUGUGACCGCUUCCGCUUCAGUGACAGUGGCUGUGCAUCCUCCCUCUAUGCAUGGCCGGAACCUUCGGGGAGGAAGCUGCCCAUCCUAUGAGGGGUAUCAUGAAACUGACCAUGGGGUGUUUGAGGACCCCCAUGUACCUUUUAAUGUAAGAUGUGAGAGGAGGAACUCUAAAAUAGAAGUCAUAGAGCUGCAAGAUGUUGAGUGUGAAGAAAGGACAAGGGGAAACAGCUCCAACUAAGGGUAAUUUGAAAAAACUGAAGCAAAGAGGCCAAAGAUGGGGAACCCCCCUCUUUCCAGAACUGCUUGAAAAGAACUACUUGGAGUUAUGGAAAAGGAUGUGCUGCAUCAGGAUGACAGUUCACUGUUACUGUAACCUAUUGUAUUAUUUUGUGAAAUAUUUCUAUAAAUAUUUAAAAGGUGUACACAUAUGUAAUAUACAAAGGAACAAUGUAAUUAGCAUAAUCUGGAGUUUCUCAGCUCCUGCUAAUAGAGUAGAGAUGGCUCUUUUGGUGUCCUCUGCUCAUUUUGUAUAUUGACCUCUGUGCCACAAAUGAAACUUAAUUUACUCUUAAAUUCAGCAUUAUGUUGCUGCUGCUUAAAUAUUGUAUAAUUUACUUGUAUAAUUCUAUGCAAAUAUUGCUUAUGUAAUAGGAUUAUUUUGUAAAGGUAUUUGUUUAAAAUAUUUUUAAUUUGCAUAUCACAACCCUGUGGUAGUAUGAAAUGUUACUGUUAACUUUCAAACACGCUAUGCGUGAUAAUUUUUGUUUUAAUGAGCAGAUAUGAAGAAAAGUCUUGGUGGCUUCUCUAGGAUUAGUUAUGUUCAGUUCUUUGUUUUUGCAAUGUGUGUAAACCGUAUGUGUGUGUAUGUGUGUGUUUUCUUAAUGUACUGUAGCAGUUUUUUUUUUCUUUUCUUUUUUCUUACUUUCUUUUUUAUUUUUUUAACUGUAUUGUAACCCUUAGUGGGCUUAUUAACACAACCAUGCUGGAAGAGUCAGGAUUUCUUUAUUGCUAAGCUCUGGUGGAAAAUGCACUAGCUUUAACAGCAGGAUCCACCAGUGGCCACAUCUUUAAAUAGAACUGGGUAGCUAUGCUCUCUCUAGUCCAUAUUAUCUCUUCAAACCAAUGGCUGUCUUUUACCCCUCAGCAGCAAGGCAAAUGUUAUUCUGCAUGGAUAGUGGUUGCUGAAAUUGGAUCAUGGUGUACCUCCCUGUAUACUGAUAACUUCUUUUGAAUCUUGAAAUGGCAUGAGGAAUUGAAUAACAGACCUAACAGUGAAUCACAGCUGGGUCAUGAGAAUGUGCUCUAGCAAUGGCUUGGGGAGGAUUGAUACCAUAUACCUCAUGCCUUAAUUGACAGGAUCAGUGCCCCCACCAUUACAGUUAACACAAAAUACCAGAUUGAGGAGUGGGUUGGGAGGGUACUAGGCUUAAAAAUGCUCCUUGUAAAACCUGUCCUUCUAGAGACUGAGUUCUCUGCUAUAUAUAGAUGAAAAGAGAAUUUCCAUCUCAUUUGUUGAGCCUUCUUUUAAAGAAGCCAAACUGAGAAGUGAGGAAGAUUUUUGCUUAGAUAUACUUCAGCCCCUCCCCUUAGAGCUUGGUCCCUUCCCGAAUUCAGUUGUCAAAUGUGACAGUUCUCUGAAUCUAUUUGUAUUUUUUUUUAUUAAACACAUAGGAAGUUUCCUAGAUAUGAGUACAUGAUCAAAGGGAGAAAAAUAGCACCACAGCUGGUAGAUUUCAAAAGGUUCCUAGAAAUCUGUAGCAUGACAUGCAAAUGGGGGAAAUUUUUUAAAGAUGGGAAACAUCCCUCUAGUACUAUUUUUCUUCCCUCUACUAUUUACUGUUCUUUGUGCUGUGAAGUUGUCAGAGAAGCAGGAAGCUAUGUAAUGUGUAAUACAUAUCUUCCUGCUAAAAGGUUACAUAUUCAUAACCUGCAUUUGCAGGGUUUGGGAGGGGGGAGAUGGAGGCAGAUCUCUCUAAGCCAGGCAUUAUUUUCAAGAGAUCUGUUCUUCCAGUAGUUAAAGUUUCUUCCAUUUGGGCCUUUGACUCCAUCUCCUAUCAAGGGACCAAUGAUGGUCAGGGAAGCAAUUCAUGCCCAGCUCUGCCUUUCCUUCAACACCAGUCACUUGUUUACAGAUAAUUUGCAUGGGAAUUUAAGGUCAGGAUCCUGACCCCAUUCUGGCAGUACCUUAAGCUACUGGUAGGAGUACACUAAGGGUUAAUCUCAUAACUGCCUACUGUUCCAGCCAUCUUACCUAGAAAAUUAUAGCAAAAAACAAAAAAACAAAAACAAAAAAACAAUUACUACUAGCACUGUAGUGACCUCAGAUUUUUUUUUAAACUUCGUAACAAAACUGUAUGAUACUAGUUGGAAGCCACCUACAGCUGCCAAAUGUGUGUAUUAGUGUUGUCAGAGGCCCUGAUGGCUUCACACUGUUACUGUUAUGGUGCCUAUCUGUCAGCCACAGCCCUCUCUCCUUGUCCACUUCCAACCAGCCCACCUCUGCUUGCUUAAUUUCCUGGAUGGAGGAUGAUCAGGCAAGAGUCCUGCGUUCGGUGUUUUCUUUGAGUUCUCACUGUUUUUCUAACUCCAUUGUGUUUUCCUUGCCCCUUCACCCUGGCAUGUUUGGCGUAUGAGUGUUUCUGCUGCCUACUGCUUUCUGCAGAGCCUAGACCCUUUUCUCCAAUAGUCACAUUGGCAAAGGGAGAACUCAGUGGCUGGCAAUUAUGUGUUUUGUUUGUUUGUUUAGAUGUUAAAAUUUUUCAUCUUUGGUGAUAUUUAUAUUUUUGUAUCAUAAGAAUGUUUUCCUACAGUAUUUGUCAUGCCAGUUUAUAACAAAAAAAUGCAGGGAUUUUAUUUCUAUUGGAAACAUAAUUACAGCUAUGUUUUUCUUUUGAAUGGAAUUUUUAUUUGUAUAGAGUGCUUACUAAUGUUAAAUAGGACAGAGUAUAUAACAUUUACAUUAAGGACUCAUUUGUAGCUUUUAGUGUAAGGAGUUAAAAGAAAAAAAUAUUCAAACUGGGUCUCAUUAUCUGCCUAUUUUGGCAGAAAUGGGUUUGUGUCAUUUCAAUUACAAAGAUAAAAGUAUGCCAUAUAAUUUAUUUAUAUGAAAAUUUAUUUUUGUAGUGUACAUAGUAGUCAUCAAGUCUUUUGACAGAAGUAUAUUUUUAAAGAGUUUAUAUGUAAUGAAACCAUAAUGUUUUGGAACUUUGCUGAGACAUGAGUAUGGUGCACACUUUUCAUUGUAAAAGGCAUUGAGGAAAAGAAAACUUUUAACAGUGUUAAGAGAGUGAGAGUGAAUAAAUAUUCAUGCGAUUGUGAACUGUUUUAGUUACCAUUUGUGAUCUAGUGUGGUUCUCAUUUUAAACCUUGAAAGUGGAAAUGUACAAACUCUCUAAAUAUUAAUGUUAAAACACUGAUAGAAAUUCUAACAUGAAUAAAAAUAUUAUAACUUAUUGGUUA